AGCAUAUGUAAUUUAUGUCACCAAAAUAGUGUUCUUGAUUCUCCCUCCUCUCUCUCUGUUUCAAGUACUCUGUUCUUUCUUUUCUCCUUCCCCUGUUUCAACCAAUUUUAUCGUUAAGGAAGAAAUGGGUGCUUUUGAUUUUCUUUCAGAUUACUUCUCAGUUUCCACCCCAAGAAAGAAACGCAAGCCAAUGCAGACAGUGGAAAUCAAGGUGAAAAUGGACUGUGAUGGCUGUGAAAGAAGAGUUCGGAAUUCUGUUUCCAACAUGAAAGGUGUGAAGGAAGUGGAGGUGAACAGAAAGCAAAGCAAGGUAAGUGUGACAGGCUAUGUGGAUAGAAACAAGGUCCUAAAGAAAGUGCAGAGCACAGGAAAAAGAGCAGAGUUUUGGCCCUAUAUUCAAUAUAACUUGGUGGCAUAUCCAUAUGUAGCACAAGCAUAUGACAAAAAGGCACCAUCUGGGUAUGUGAAAAACACUGAUCUAGCACUCCCCAAUCCAAACGCACCUGAUGAGAAGCUCACCACCCUCUUCAGUGAUGACAACCCCAAUGCAUGUUCAAUCAUGUAGAGCAAUUUUAGUCAUACACAAGAUCAAGGGCUAGCUAGUAGAACUUAGAAGAGCAGGGAAGGUUGUUUUGUGACUACUUAGGCGAUCGUUGUGAUAGUUACCUGUGUUUAAUUACCACUAUUAUAUGUACUUCAUGGUCAUCUUGUAGAAACUGCUUAUAAUAGUAGUUAUGAUGUACCUAUGUGUUCUUAACAUACCAAGUUUUAACUUCAGUAAUAAUGGAAAAGUAAAAGAUGAUAAUUGGUGCUAUGA